CAACGAAGGCAAAGGUUAGAGGCGGCUAGAAAUAGAUUGGUUCAAUCAACGCGUUUGAUUCAACAAGGGUUUCUAGCGAUUUCAAAUCUCAAUUUUUUAUUUUCUGUUUCUUUUCGAUCUCUCUCUCUCACAUCCCUUUUUGGUAAGAUCUUCGUUUGCCUUUGAUUUUUUAUUGAGGUCACGUUAGAUACGCCCAGAGAAGCACAAAAAUUUCAAUUUCUAGGGUUGUUUUUUUGUUUUUUGUUUUACUCUGAUUAAAUGCCGUAUCUGUGAUUCUACGGUGUAAUAGUUUGUUUUGAUAUUUGUUUGUGUUGAAUUUGUGAGAUUUGUUUCUUUUAUUAGGGUUUGUAAUUUUUUAGGGGUGUCUUUGAUUGUUAGUUUUGUUUGGUAUCUGUUUUUUGAGAUCUAGUAAAAUUUUAUUGAGAAGAGGACCUGUGGUUCUUUAUUGAUAUGGCGGCAGGGCGAGUUGAUGUUCCUAGGAGAACUGAUGUUGGGAAUUUGAAUUGGGUCGAUAAGAAUGGUUACGAUUACCCAUCUACCAGGCGUAAUGAUGGGUUCAAUUUGGGUCCUAGGCGAUGUGGGUUAGAGGAUGUUAUGAGAGUUAAGAGUGAUUUAGCCCCGAUGUUGGAUGAUGGGGUUCAGCAGCCCGCACAGAAAAAGAGGAAGUUUUCCCCGAUUGUAUGGGACGUAGAAGAGAAGGAAGUGAGAAUUUCGUCUAGGAAUGGAGCCCUAGAUGCAGUUAGGGCCCCGCUGUUUGCGAAUCUAGUGGAGAAUUCGCUUCCCAAGUCUACGGUGUCUGAUUUUAGUUCUGUUUUAUCUCCGCUUGUUGGCCAGCAAUGUGAGGGUGAUGAACAAGAACAAGAUAUGACGGGAAAAGAGAAACGUCUAGGGCCUAACAUAUUCACAUCUCGUUGGGCCUCUGAUAGUGAUGAUGAAGAUGAUUCUCGAAGCAAGGAAAAGAUUAGGAGGAGUUCGAGUCUAGAGAGUGGAGAGUUUGAAAGAGAGGAAUUGGAAGGAGAUGGGGUGCUGUCCAACGAAAGAAGUAGCAGUGUAUUGUCUGCUUGGAAGGAUGAAGAUAUGGAAUGCAAGUUGGAAUCGGAUGGUGUGAUGGACAUUGAUGGAACAUUUGGUGAAGAUGCUUCUGAUGAUCAGUCAGAUUCAGAUGUUGAAGAGUUAGCUGGAGGUAUGAACAUGCUUUUGGGUUGCAGAAGUGUGUAUGAAUAUGAAAGAUUGAACAAAAUAAGUGAAGGUACAUAUGGUGUUGUUUUUAGAGCUAGGGAUAAGAAGACGGGUGAAAUCGUGGCCUUGAAGAAGGUAAAGAUUCUAGACAGAAGAGAAUUAGAAGAAUUCGGUUUCCCUUUGACAUCACUGAGGGAAAUUAACAUUCUUGCUUCUUUUAACCACCCUUCAAUUGUGAAAGUUAAAGAAGUUGUUGUAGAUGACCAUGACAAUGUUUACAUGGUUAUGGAGUAUAUGGAACAUGACUUGAAGGCUCUAAUGGAGUCCAUGAAAUGGCCCUUUAGUACAAGUGAUGUUAAAUGUUUGAUGCUACAACUAUUGGAGGGUGUUAAAUAUCUUCAUGAUAAUUGGGUGCUCCAUAGGGAUUUGAAAACAUCCAAUCUUCUCUUGAGCAGCCAAGGGGAACUGAAAAUAUGUGAUUUUGGUAUGGCGCGCCAGUAUGGAAGCCCUCAAAAGCCAUAUACAACUAAAGUGGUUACACAGUGGUAUAGAGCACCUGAACUUUUACUUGGAGCAAAGACGUAUUCAACAGCAGUUGACAUGUGGUCCGUAGGCUGUAUAAUGGCAGAGAUGUUAGCUAAGCAACCCUUAUUCAAAGGGACAAGUGAAAUUGAUCAGCUUCGCAAGAUCUUUGAUACUCUUGGUACUCCAAAUGAGAAGAUUUGGGCUGGCUUUUCUGAAUUACCUGGGUCCAAGGCAAAUUAUUCUAAGCAACGGUAUAAUUUGUUGCGUAAAAAGUUCCCUGUGGCAUCUUUCACAGGAUCUGCUGUUCUUUCUGAUGCUGGAUUUGAUUUAUUAAACAGGCUUCUUACAUACGAUCCUGAAAAGAGAAUAACAGCUGAUGAUGCUCUUAAACAUGAUUGGUUCCGUGAGCUUCCUCUACCAAAAUCUAAAGAAUUCUUGCCAACUUUCCGCCCUAAAGUUUGAAUCGGUUUGCAGUGAUAGUUGUAUCUUAGUUUUUGUGUUGAUUUAGAGACAUAUACAAGGAACCAUGAUCUGAAUGUGAUGCAGCUGCAGUGGGGAAAAAAUCCCUUUUAUACUGUUGUGGGGCUAGCGGAUUGGUGCAUAGAGCCACUAUGCUAUUUUUCAUUCUGCUUGUAUCUUGGUCCAAUGAUUAACAAGAGGUUAGUUGCAGAAAUUGCUUGUUUUGGUGGCAAAGUAUUGCAAGAAACUUAUAUCAUUGAUUGGCAGGCACAUAGAUGACUUGCUUGUAGAGAUUAAUUUUUCGAGGUGAUUGAGUUACAGCCUUCCUCAAUUCACUUAUUAGGAUGAUUUUGUGAUGAAUUGUAAUGGUCCUUGGCACCGAUUGAAAGGUGAAGGUUAUUGACUUUACCUUUUCUUAGUAUAUUGUAUCAGAUGCUUGUGUAUAUAUCUUUAGCCAUGUUUAAAAAUUUCCUUACUGUCAUACUCAAAUUAUCGCUCACAUUGUUUCCUUCAAUUUUUCACAUUGCUUGCAAGAGUCUACUGAUGCUUGGAAGCGAACAGCAUUGGUCUUUCCUGCUCAUAAGCAGUAAGUUGAGUGCUUUGGAAAUGAAUUAAAUCAUUAAUGAGAUGCUGGUUUUGUUUUCUUGUCUGUUGCAAUUGUUGCAGCAUUGCGGGAAGGUUUGCAGCUUACACGCAUUUAUGUUAUCCUUUAUUGUGCAAGUAAGAUGCUUUAUGCAUUGCUGGUCUUACCUUAUUAUCUUUUGAUCGAACUGUUAGUAUAAUUAUGACCAAAAGAAUUGAUGUUAUGGAGUAAUUGGCUGGAUAUGAUUAACAGAUGUUUCUGAUUUAACAUAUGCAGAUGUUACUGAUGGAGAAAUAUAAGAUAAAAAGAACUCUUAUAAGCGUGUCAUCUCUUACUCUUUCUUUUCUUUUUCCUUUUCCUUUAUUCCUUUGUCCUCAUGAAUGGAUCUUACAGCUUUAACCAUCUUCAACUGUAAAAAAUGGAACAAUUAUAUGAUUCUAGUGGAAGUGAUUGAAUCGAACCAAGUUGAACUCUGCAGACGGUUAAAGUGUAUCAUGUCUUACCUUUUUCUUUUCCUUCAUCCUUUUUCUCCUCAUGAAUGAAUUCUUACAGCUUUAACCAUCAUGAACUGUAAAAGUGAAAUAUACGGUACAAGCGGAUGUGAUUGAACCAAACCAAGUUGACUCUGAAGAUGGAUAAAGUUUACUUUUUCUUUUCAUUUAUCCUUUUCUCCUCAUUAAGGAAUUCUUACAGCUUUUACCAUCUUGAACUGUAAGAAUGAAACAAUUGUAUGGUACAAGCGGAUGUGAUUGAACCAAACCAAGUCGACUCUGAAGGAUCAUCAACUUGAGAGGUAUGGUUGUUUAUAUGAAAUGAUCAUGAUGGAUGGUUUUCUGGGUUUGCUGUUAAGAUAUAUGUGCUAAUAAUGAUUUGAAGGAAUUAACUGCCAAUUAGAACGCAAGUGAGAGUUAGUAGUGUUAGCUGCUGUUACUUUUCUACAUGGGAACGGUUAAAAAGCAGAACUGAUGAGUGGUGCCCCGCCUACUGCUGUAGACCAAAAUUUCGUAACUAUGAAGCUUCUUGUCGGGAUGAUGACGACGACGACGUUGAAUAAAUGAUAUGGCAUAUGGGGUGGGUGGUGGUUCUACUGCGAAAUGGGUGAAAACUAUGCACCGGGUGUCUCUGUGCAGUAUAAGUGUCUCUUUGAUUGCUGAAUACUUCAGGAAACAUCACAAAAUGCUUUACAGACGUUGCUAGAUUCAUAUAUAUAUAUGGUAUUGAGGUUAUUUUGUUAUUUUCCAUUUCUUUCUCAAGGAAAAAGCAUAUGGUAAAUGAAGCCUGAAUAUUCAAAAUACAUAUACUUUUGAAUUUUGAAUUGAUUUAAAUAUAUAUAAUUAAAAUUGUGAUCUUUGCUUCAA